AUGUACAAGCUCGUGAACUACUUGGCGACCAAGUUGGACCUUACAUCCUUGCAAAUAGAGGGGCUUGAUCGCAGUAGAGAGAUAGUUUCUCUAGGCGAUGAAUUUGAUCCUCGAGAUGGCAUCGUAGCAGACACCCUAUGUGAAUUCCAGGACACAUCCCUUGCCGAUGAGGCAGUGUUCUACGAGAUUCAAGUUGGCCCAGCCAGGUGGAUCCGGCACACAAGCCUUAUUCGACCGACAGAUGCACAUAUCCUGCCCACGGGAUAG